AGCUAUAGCUCUUUUGUAAAACAGGAAAUACGGCCCCGCUCUUGUAUAGCAAGAAGUGGUUACUCUAGACAAUCAUAGACCAUGGGGGAGACGGCAACUCGACUUAUCACUGUUGUUUCACGGGGCCAACUACCGUAUUCUAGACUCGCUGACAGGCUCCAUCAAUAAGACAUUAAGAUGACGAGUAACUUGCAUUGUAAAUAUUUCGCGAAUUGCCCGCGUGCGGCACGCAGUCCAUGGGUAACCCUUACCGGGCGAAGCUGAAAGGGAUGACUCACACAUCACGACACACUGAGCCCUAGGAAGAAAUCAGUGGCACCAUGAAUGCGAAAUACGAAAUGCAAUAAAACCAAAGACAGUUGCCGCAAUCGAGUGCAAGUAGAGACACAAAUCUUUCCGAAUCUUCAAAGUCUAUUUACAAGAACGCGAGUUAAAACCUGCCUCGAAUCUAAAUUUGUUCACGAUGGCUUCACCAAAUUCGUCUGCGCCCCCACCGCCUGCUCCUUCCAAGGUUCAGGUCAAAACCACAGGGCCAGUAGUAGUACCCCCAAAUAUCAAUAGGCUACCUAUUGUCACGGAGCGUCUACUACUACGCCCCUUCGACAUCUCCGACGCUGAAGCAGUUCAUGUGCUCCGAACGCAGCCCGAGGUCAUGCAAUGGACAGCGGUCGGCACAGCAGAUAAGGACAUGGAUGAGUCACGAACCUGGCUUCAACGGUAUCUGCCUCCAAACGACUUGCAGGCCUACAACUUCGUAAUUGUGGAUAGAGGCGACGGUACCAACGGCGACACAGCCGGUGAACUGGUCGGCGUCGGAGGCGUUCAUCACACACGCAAUGGCUCCGGAUGGCCUGAGUGUGGGUACAUGUUGCGCAAGGAGUAUUGGGGCAAGGGCCUUGCUACUGAGUUCCUACGGGCGUUCACCAAGGCAUGGUGGGCACUACCGCGAGAGGAGAUCCGGGUCGAGGUCAAUGAGGAAACUGUGGGAGGUAGGGGGGAGAAAAACGAUAGCGGCGAGCUACAAGUGCCCGAGAUACUCAUGGCCGUUAUUGAGGCAAGCAAUGUAGGGAGCAGGAGGGUUCUCGAAAAGUCUGGAUUCCGAGAGUACAAGCAAUGGACAGAGCCGGACAGUCGCGUGGGCUACGAGGGGUCAACCGCAACACUUGUUGCACUUUUGCUUGAAAAGGCGCCGGACAGCUGAAGCGCUCCGAUAUAACUUCAAAUGAGCGCGGCUACCUAGUGCGAUGACCAAUCACUUUAAGCUUCGAUGAAAGCAUAGAUUAUUAAUUCUAUUGUCUCCGAGCACGAGGUUACUUCUCGCAUUCGCGUGGCGUAUGUUGAUUAAGCACGCAGUGGCUGCGUCGUUCUAUGCAGGUCGCUUUGUGGUUUUGGCCGCACUAGAUCCUCCAUGCGUUCUGUUUAGCGACCUGCGACGGCUUCGGGACCGAACCACGAGCUGACAGCGCCGCCCGUACCAAGAUCUGUGAAUCCUCUAUCUUCAACGGGCUCUAAACUAUCCGCUUCCCGAUUGCGACUGUGCUCAAUCGCUCAGUACGGACUUAUAAGAAGAAG